GUGACCUGUGACCUGCAAUCAUGGGCGCUACCAUCUUGUUUCUCGCGCUCGGUGCAUGCCCGUCGUAAGCUAGACCGUCCGUGCCGCGUACCCCGUAAUCGUAUCGUGAGAUUUUUACACAACAGUUGUCAGUAACAUUCCACCAUCUGGCUAUAAACGUUUAUACCGCUAUGGCAACAAAUAACAUCCCAUCGGCGAUGGAGAAAUAUCUAGAUGUUUUGCAACAUAACAGAGAUGGGUCAUUAAUGCUUGGAGCCUCUGGUCUGAAUGGCAAGUUUUGGGCUGGGUCCCUCUGGUUCUAUGAAGACCCCGAGAAUGCCCCGGACAUCAACAAAUGUAGUGCAGGAAUACAGACAGAAGCCGGUGUGACUGACAUCCAGUGGAUUGAUGAAUGCAGGGUGGCUAUUGCCUCAGAUUCAGGUGCCAUUGAAGUAUGGCAACUGGUAAACAGUCGAAGUGCAUUCAGAAACUUGUUUUACUUGUACGAACAUGACAAUGCAGUCCACAGUAUCAGCAUCAACUCAAACAAGACCAGGGUCAUCAGCGGAUCCUCAGACAAACUAGUAAAAGUUUGGGAUUUAGCUUCGCAAACAUCAGUCUUAACCUUGAGAGCACACACAGCCAAGGUGGAAUGCGUGGUCUGCAGCCCUAAUGAGCUGGAGGUAUUUUUGUCAUGUUCACAGGAUGGUUCUGUUCUAUUAUGGGAUUUGAGGAAGCCCAAACCAGCUCGGAGACUGAGCAGGCCGGUGGGAACAUCUUUACCCACAUGUCUAGCAUGGAAGCCAGGAGAAACACAUGUUCUUGCUUCAGGGGAUGAGACAGGCAAGAUCAUACUUCAGGAUUCCAGAGCAGACAAUACAGGAACCAGACUAACCACAGCCCACACAAGGUCCAUACACAGGCUAGCAUUCUCAGCCAAGAAUCCAUUAUGGCUGGCGUCCACAUCAGACGAUUGUACGGCAGCCGUCACUGAAUUGCAACCUGAACUGAAACAAAUAUACCGAGGGUACAGCCACAAUGACUUUGUGCGUGGUGCAUCAUGGGAUCCCCUAAGCAACAAACUAAUGACGUGCGGCUGGGAUAAGCAGGUCAAGGGUCAUGAUAUUCUACCUGGAGCAGUAGGGAGCAAUGGACGUGUGUAAAGGCUUCCAAGCUAUUUAUUAGUAAAAUAAGUUCAAAACUCUUAUUAUUCUGUAAAUCUGUGAUCAUGUUUAUAUAAAUCCUUGGCAACUUGUUAGGAAUAUUGUGCAUUGGCAGUAACCCAGCUCCCAACUUGAACAAGCCAAAGUAGCCAGAAAAUGCACUUCAAAGUUUUCAAAAUUACAGGGGUAAAUCAGUGCUCUAUAAACAAGAAAACAAAAACGAUUGCAAUGUGUGAUGGAAUUAAUACAUAAAGCUAGUCACAAGACAAGACAAGACUGGUCAAGCAAGACCCAGAGCCUGUCAAAUUCCAUUCAAUGGAUUGAGAAUGGCUUUUUUUUACUCGAAGUCUUUUUGCACAUCUGUGUAUCACUAUGGGCAGGAUUUUGCCCAUUUAUUGACACAGGGUAAUCCAGCAUGUUAGCACUGCCCUACUCACAAGUGACAAUGAGUAAAUGGCUACACUCUCUUAGACCAGCCAAAUAGAAGAUUCAUAAGGUACAUGUACCUACAAUAGACUGCCAUAGGUGUUCUUGUAAUGCAUUGUGAACUUGGCGCCCUCUGCAUGUGAAGCUUGCACAAUGUACAUGUGAAACUACAUGUAGCAUAUCACACAAUAUUCAUUUUACAUACUGUAAUGUAAAUGGAGUGUUACAAUACCAUCCCCUUGAAAGCAAUAUGAUCUGUCUGAAAAGAAAAAUUGGGAUAUAAAAUUUAAUCAAGCAGAUUGUGCAUUAUCUGAAUCAGUCGGAUAUCAAAAAGAAAAUUGUGUAUAAACAAUUUAAUUCCAAGAUGUCCAAAGCUGCGAAAUGUUUCACCGAUUCACCACAGCGUGCACCCUUAACACACACGUCAACAGUCCGCAAAUUUUCGUGAAUUUGACAGCAAAGAAACUGGGCCUUGGAAAACUAAAAAAAUUAUGGUUUUCGGAAUAGCGUUUUUGUUUCCACCAAUGUGCAUGUGCUGCUAUUUUGCAUAUUAAGUCACGUUCUUUUGCAAAGGGAAAUUCCAACGACGCUCUUUACGUGCGGUUUGUGACUUGGAACAUGAAUGCUGCUGGGUGGUACAAAGUCAGUACUAUCGUUAACUACCAAGACUGGCAUACAUACCAAAGUUUUGAAAUUCUGUUGACAUCGUUUGGUAGGGAAACUUGUUGGUCGAUUUUUGACCUUUCUUCAAACUUACUGUUGUCAAAAAUGUCAGAAACAUUCUGCUAAUAAAAAAAAGAUAGAGUAAGACCAAAUAGAAAAGAAUCUUUAAAGGGAAGAUACAACAUUUGCAAACAUCACAAAACGAAAUUAUCAAAGUAUCACGAAAUACCUUGGUGGAUUGUUAGGGAAUGAGAGUCUAAAGCAUCCUGUAAAAUCGUGGCUCCUGGUGUGCUGCCAUUUGCAAGAAAACUUGAAUGUUCCUAACGAUGGUCGGCCGACCAGUGU